AUGCAUUCCAUCUAUUCAAGACGCUUACCGAGCCGAUGGAUAAGGAUCCUCGCCCUGCAAGGCGGCUCCGGGACCGAUCCCAUCCAUGUUCGUCUCCAAGAGGCGGACAUUGACAAAUGGCCAACAUUUGCAGCGCUUUCCUACGUCUGGGGCGACCCAUCACAACGAGAGUACAUUUACAUCUCUGGCCAGGAGGUCUCCGUCACAAAGAGCCUAUUCGACGCUCUUCGGCACUUUCGGCUUCCCGACCAAGAAUUGCUGAUCUGGGCGGACGCCUUGUGCAUUAACCAGGAUGAUCUGGAGGAACGCGCAGAGCAGGUGCAGCUGAUGCGCGAGAUAUACUCUCGUUCCACAAGCGUCAUGGUCUGGCUGGGCCUCGAUACUGAUGGCCAAGCUGUAUGUGCCAUCCCCUUGAUUGAGUCGAUUCAUCAGGCUUGCGAAAAUCAUGCCAUGGCCAAAGGCGUCGAGCUACUCGACAUGGCUCACUUUACCCCGGCCACGCAAAAGUUCGAAGGUCUUGCAGGGGUUUCAAUCUCGGACAUCACUACUGUCGCAGAAAACACGAACCGACCCAAGCCUGAACUCGCAAGCUGGACGGCGCUGGGCUGGGUCUUGUCACGACAAUGGUUCACACGGGUAUGGUGCGUUCAGGAAAUCGUCCUGGCCCGGUCAUCCAAAGCCUACAUCGGAUCCCAUUCCUUGGACUGGAUCAAGCUCGGCGUCACCGCUGCCUGGCUCAGCGAGCAGAGUCUUGCCACCGACUACAACGUGCCGGACGAACUUGAGGGACUGAGCUGGGACACCGCGUACAGCAUGUUCGACACUGACGGGCUGUCCGAGUCCAGCCUGCUGGAUAUUCUCGUCACAUUCCGCGAUUUCGACGCCACAGACCCUCGAGACAAAGUCUAUGGCUUGCUGGGUCUUGUGGGCGAAGAAAAUCUCAAAGGAUUCCGAGGGGUAGACUACGGCAAAAGCGUUGUCGAUGUCUACGCUGAUGUUGUCAGAAUAUCUGUAGAAGCCAGCGGGAACUUGGCAUCCCUGUGCUAUGCGAAACACGGGCGUGAAUACGCACGCAACGGAUUCCCUUCCUGGGUGCCACGGUGGGAUAUCAGCGAAAACGCGUCCAACCUACUCUCCAGCCUGUUAUUGACCGCGUGGAAAGACGGAGACAGGCAUGGCUUGCCUAGCCUGGUAGCUUUCGAGCCUACCGCAGACGGCACGGUGGCGCUUUCUGGAGUCCGUUUUGACACUAUUGCCUGGACGACCGACAUACUCGACGUCGAGCACUUCAAAAAGGAGAUUCUCCCCUCGGAAGCUGCGAACCAUCCCUUCCUAGAAAUUUGGCACCGAGCAUCCUCCAGCAAGGGCUACGCAAUGUCUGUGUCCGCCGAUCGCCCUUUCGCCGGCAUCAUGGAAAUGGCUCUGACUCUCACUGCUGGAUUCACGGACGGAUAUGAGUUUGUCAUGGAUCUUGAGACCGAGAGCUUGAGUCAGUUCUAUGCCGACUUCCUCACGUACAUCGGACAACUAUUGGAUAGAGCCGGGGGCCGAUCGGACACGUUUGAUCCUCUUGAAAUCGCACUUUGCGAUGGCGACGCCACCCGUUUUCGAGUUGCUGCGUCACGGGCCUGUGACCAGCGACGCGUCUUCGAGACGUCGGCGGGCUUCUACGGUUUGGCCCCGGCAUGUGCAAAAGAUGGGGACGUUGUGGUCCUUCUUUAUGGGGGGCCGAUACCAUUUGUUCUGAGGCAGGUGGAUGAUGGCUGGGUCUUUUUGGGGGACAGCUUCAUCGGCCCGCUGAUGCCGGAGACGGCGGAUGAGAGUACCCGGAAGAUGUUUGGCGAUGAAGAAGUGUUCGUUUUGGUUUGA